GGUAACAGUGACAAUUUUAUUAAUGGAUAAAAGUUAUAUUUAUGUUGAAUACAUUUCUUUUUUCUCUCCUUCUUAAGGAAUUGAACGACCUGGCGCGGGACCCCCCAGCACAGUGUUCAGCAGGUCCCGUUGGAGAUGAUAUGUUCCAUUGGCAAGCUACAAUAAUGGGGCCAAAUGACAGUCCCUAUCAGGGUGGAGUAUUUUUCUUGACAAUUCAUUUCCCAACAGAUUACCCCUUCAAACCACCUAAGGUUGCGUUUACAACAAGAAUUUAUCAUCCAAAUAUUAACAGUAAUGGCAGCAUUUGUCUUGAUAUUCUACGGUCACAGUGGUCUCCAGCACUAACUAUUUCAAAAGUACUUUUGUCCAUCUGUUCUCUGUUGUGUGAUCCCAAUCCAGAUGAUCCUUUAGUGCCUGAGAUUGCUCGGAUCUACAAAACAGAUAGAGAAAAGUACAACAGAAUAGCUCGGGAAUGGACUCAGAAGUAUGCGAUGUAAUUAAAGAAAUUAUUGGAUAACCUCUACAAAUAAAGAUAGGGGAACUCUGAAAGAGAAAGUCCUUUUGAUUUCCAUUUGACUGCUUUCUAUGAGCCCACGCCUCAUCUUCCCCUGUGCACAUGUUUACCUGAUACAGCAGUGCUGCGUGUUGUACAUACUUGGAACAACAAACUAGAAAUACUGUACUUCUGUACCAACAUUGCCUCCUAGCAGAGAAGUGUGUGUGUGACAAGCCAGUUCUCCAGGCAUAACCUAGGUGUGAGACUAAAAGCUUUCCUUAUUGACUUAAAUUUGGAUAACGGCAGAGUGAGGGGUGGUGGGUAUGGUGUGUGCUUGGAUGGGGAAGAAAAGCUCCACUGACCUGUAGGAGAUUGUUUUUUAAGUGAAAUCCCAUUAAACUCAAAACAGUUAUGAAAAGCAAGGCGAAGAACAUGAAGCUGUUUCUGUAUUCAUUUUAUUCCGAAGGACUUAACGUCUUAGGUGAAAGUUAUGACCAAUCAGAUUAAACUCUACCUACAUCCUGUAUUUUAAGGUCUAAGUUUAACUGGUCAACAUUUAAAUGGAUUGGAGCUAUUAGUAAAGUGUGAUGGGCUUUGUUUCCAACUCUUUUACAUCUCCCCACCCUUCAACCUUCGUCCUUCAGCCCCUCCUUCUCUCUUCCAUAUUCUUUGGUUUGUAUGUGGUUUCUCAGUUAAUACAUAGCUAAUAGCUCUUAUUUUUCUUAUGUUUUUAACUGCUUAGGUCUAUCUGGAUGUAAGGGUGAAAAUUCAUUCGAUGGAAAUACUUGUGUAUAUUUAAAGACCCAAUUGCUCCUCUGGAGCCUGUACGUUCAAGAAUGAUUAAUCUGUGUAAUAAACUGAUUACUACAGUCAUUACAUAUAAUUUUGUGUGAAUAGGCUUUCUGAUUUUAAGAAUUUUGUCUAGCUGAGAUUAGUGGUGGAUUUUUUCCCACCCCUGAAAUGUUUUCAUUUAUACUGGUUGCAUUUCAAAAUCAUGAAACAAUUCAGUUUACAUAGUAAAAAGGAUAUCUUGAAAGUAAUUUUACUGAACAAGAUAAACGCAUAAGCUUAAAAGAAUUUUCAUGAAACUUAUAUGUGCAGUAUUCCAGGAACAUGACUGUUAAACUAAAUAAGAAAUUUGUUUUAUUAUUGAAACUAAGCUGCAUUUCACCGAAACCUUGUGACAUUCCUUUGGUACAUAGGACAUAAAACAAAGGCAUUGCUAUUUGGUAAGUUAAGCUUCUGUGAUUGUGAUUGUAAAAACAACAUUGACCAAACCUGGGAAACAUGAGCACAAUCUUGUAUUGGAGAGUCUACAUAAUUACUUUGCACUAACAUUGCAGGAUGUUCAUCCAAUUUUAAAUUGUACUGUAUGUGGCUUUUUGGUCUUCCCUUGACGCUAGUAAAAUGUAGUUUGAAACUUGUAAACAGCUGUGUUUGCCAGAAACAUCGUUCCUGUGAACUAGGCAAGUUACUUUUUUUCCCCCUACUUCUCCUAAUCUAAUUGUAAACCAGGCCAGCCUGAAAGCAAUGGCUGAUGCUCUCUAGCUGUCAGCUUCUUUCAAAUGCAUCUUUACACUCUUGCACAAAAAUUGAGGAAUAAAUGU